AUGUGCCAAAAACAUGCCACAAUGUGCCAAAACAUGCCACAAUGCACCAAAACAUACCACAAUGUACCACGACGGGCCACAACCUACUACGGUGUGACAUGUGCAACAGCUGCCCGGGGCUCCUCUAUUCAAAUGAGUCCCAUCGGUCCAAAGUGUGACGAAUUAUUUUUUCAUGACGUCAUCAUCAACAGUGUCAGUAACAACAACUUCCAUGACUAUAACAACAACAACAACGACGAUAAUGUCAUUCUCAACAACGAAUACAACAGCAACCUCAACAACGAAUUUGUAAAAAACGCCAAAACCAUUUACUACUAUCGGCACAAUGAACUGAGAGCCAACAUAACCUGUUUAAAUGGCACGACCAGCAGCAGCAGCAGCGGCGGCAACGAGGACAUUACGUUGCAUGGACGGAGCGUGGGACCAGACUGCGCCAAGAUGUAUCAUCCCACCACAAGUAGAAAAAAUAGCUCGCCACAUUUAAAACACCCCAGGUAUCAGACCAACAACAACUCCAACUUCUUCCGAAACGUCACUUCCUGUUUCCAAAAUUAG